AUGGCUCCUGAAAUAAGAUCAAAAGAAGCGAAGUUAAAACGACUCUCCGGGCAAUCUCUCCGUCAGAGGAAAAAACGAUUGCUUUUCACUGGAUUGAGAGCAGAGAGAAACCUAAACGGUGAGUCACCUCAACUAAUUUUUCAUCUCUUGUAGAGAAUAAAUAUCAUGCACGACGAAUGAAAACAUUACGUGGAUGGUAUAUACACUCCUGACUACACGCAGUGCUGAGUACAAUUUAAAAGCUCAUGAUGGGAUAAAACGAUAUAGAAAGUUCUCAAAUAACUUUUGAUUAUUCAAGCUGGUGUAUUGUGUUUUAGUCCAACCGUAGAAAGGAUUUUAUAAAAUCUUUUUUGAGUAUUGUGCCACAAGGUUAUUACCAAAGCGAUGUAAAAAUGUUUGUUGUAUGAUAAUUGCACAUAAUUUGUGUUUGCCCAGAUCUUACGGGACGAGUUUUUAUUGUUAUGCUUGGAUUGUACUGAAGUUAUCUCGUACAUGGCUCGAAAAUAAACAGCUUUUACUCCCUCUCUGGUUAAAAGAAAAUUUUACUUUGGGUCGAGGCUUUGUUUAUGUUACAUGGGAAAGAUAUGACUGAAAAUUAUUCACUGUAAGUUCACUAUGGGCACAACAACUGGAGUGCAAAAUAUUGCCAAGGAUAUGGUUAUAGCCGUGAAUUAAAGAUAUUCGGUUAAUCGUUGUUCGUCAGGAAUCGGUUUUUUUUUUUUGUAUCGAUUAAAGGCACACUGUCCAGACUCGAAGGGCAUUAUCUUAAAUUAUUUAACCUUUCCACGCAACCUCAAAAAGCGACGUAAAGGCAUCAACCUCGAAACCUUUGUCAUUAAUCGGUAAAACCCUAUUAAUGUCCUACUGUGUUCCCCAGGGAGCGGAAAAUGUCGAGGGAAACGGGAAAUGUUAGAUCACGGAUUCAGGAAUAGUGUUUACACCGCGCUCUACUGUUAAGAAAGCUCUUGACAGUCUGCGUUUACAUUGAAAACAUACCCGAUAAAAGUCAGAAAUACUUUAGUCUUAAGCGUGAGUAUUUUAGCUUAUUAAUGGUCUUCUAAAUUUGCACAAUCAUUGCUGUGCAGGGAUUUGUAAGAUUACAGGUGUUUGUGAAAACCUAUUUGGUAUUAAAUUCGCUAUUUUUAUGGCUAACUUUUCUUCAGAAUUAGAAAGCCUUUGUUACGAGUCGGAGAAAUCGAUGGACGAAUUAGAAAAAAAAUCUUUGUUUUUAUAAGAUAAAAAGAAACAGACAAAACCUGUCAGCAUUCACAACGUCAUGCGAGUUGAGGCUCGAGAAGAUUUGUUGAUAGCUCUAAUCUAUACCCUGCGGAUUAUUUGUAUUGUAAGAGAGAAUAAUAUUAUUAAAGGUCACAUACCCUUCCUUCCCUAAACACCCACACUUUCUUAACGUCGUUAGAAACAUCUUCGCGGGUUUUCUUUGUUCACAGCGUUUCCCUGAGGUUCAACACUUGGUUUCCAUUCUGGAUUCUUUUCGUGUUUUUUUUUUUUUGUUUUUGUUUUUAUCUAACACUGGAUUCCAUAUUUCGCUUUUCCAGAGCCACCUCAGAACGCCUUCUUUAAUUUAACGGCUGGGAGUAAAAUCGUUAAUGUAUUUGUCAUGUAUGAAAGACAUAAGGUAAAACCACUCGCGGAGUAAGAGAUGUGACAUUGUUUCCUACAAUAACUUUAGACUGACCGGGCGCGACGUACUCGAAACAGAUGUUGCGUGCGCAAAAUGUGAGUUAAACUUCACAUCAAACGCAAAAUUCUAUUCUUAUGCGGUCAAAGAUCGCGUCAACAUUAAAUAGGAAAACCCUAGUGAUUCUUGUUUCUUGAAAAAAUUUGAGGUCGGUGUUUUUAAAGCACGAAAUGGCUGUCAUUUCUUUUGAAAAGGCUUUUGAUUGACCUGUCAGGUGUGGAGAUAUGAAAUUGGCUUCGCUAACGCUGGAAAUUUUUCUUUUUCUUAUUGCCUUACUCAGACGAAAAAACAUACCAGAGAAUUCUUAGGCAGCGGCAACAUUACGGAUAAUCUUUCGACAACAUCCCACUUCGUUCCACGUUCUUUUCAAGUGGAAAAGCAGCAACGACAAUUGGGCAGUGACCAGGAAUGACGUUGAAUUGUUACACUCUUCACAUCUCCACUCACAUUAUCUUUCUGUUAUCAAUUCUUUGUUCUCAAUCUAUUUGAUCGAUGCCCUUUAAAACCGUGAACCUGUUAAAAAGGUAUUUUAUUAAAAAAAAUUAUCAAAAUUAACCGUCUCGUUCUGUUGUUAAAAAUUCCAAGUGAAACCAUACCGUCAGCGAGUGUUUCCUUACAUAGAGUCACGUGGUUAUGUUACAGAGCGCAAGUUUAUGUUCUUUACAAUUUGUCUUUGUUUGAGAUCGGAAUUUCUGAUUUUCCGCUUUGUCUGAUUUUUGACAUCCGUUAUGUGUGGUACAAGGUCCAGAAUCCAAUUGAAAGUAGAAGAAAAUACCUCUUUGGUAGGAUUUGGUGUUAAAAGAAAGCAAUAUUCUGUUCUGUUGUCAGCCUUCCAUUCAAUAUGAAAUAUUGUGCACGUGAAAAAUCGCGGAGGUACUCCUUUAUUUUAACAGGGGGCUUUUUCAAUGAGUCAAACAGACUCUUCACCUUUGCUCAAUUAAAACUUGUGAAUUCUGUUCAGCAAAUUCCUAAGUGAUUUUAGAUCAAAGUUCACAAGCUAUGUGGGUAGCGUUUCCUCUUUGGCAUAUCCUGUUAAAAACAUUAGUACGAUUCAUGUUAGUUUAAUAUCAUGCCGCAGCCCUUAGCGGUUGUUACUCAAUCUUUACAACUGACCUCAGUGUCCAUCAAAAACGUGAUUGUGUUUGAUUGGUCCGUGACGCCUUCCUUCUGUGACCUCGGCAUUGACAGUCAUUCGAAUGACAUCACGAUCCCGGGCAAGUUUUUUAAAACUAAGUCCUCUGACGCAAGUUAUCGUGACAGGCUGAUUGUGCAUGGGUCAAAGUGUUUUUCUUUCCUCAGCCAAACGUUUUUCUGAAAAUUUUCAUUUUGCGUCUGAGCACGUCAUAACUUUCCGAAAUCGGUGAAUAAAGUCUAGUUGAAAUUCAAGGAUUAAUAUUUCAUAGACCUAAAAACCAACUUGAAAAUACUGCAAUAAAUUCGCAUCAUUUCAAGCGAGAUAAUCUGAUUUUGUUCUUAUUCUCAAACAAAUUGUGACUGACUGCUCGAACUGGUUGUUUCUGCUUAUCUAUGAUAAUUUUUUCCACUGUUAAAUCUUACUUGCAGCAUUAAAUGUUGUGACACAGCGCGACUUUUUUGCUGCACAGAUAACGUCAAGAUUCGCAAAACAUCUCGAUUUUUCCUUAACAGUUACGAGAUGACUGAAAAGAAUGAAUCGGGCAUAAAGUUAUAUUUUAAAUAAAUUCCAGUUCUUACUGAUUUCCUAUACACUGACUGCAUGGAACAGUCAAUAUUUGGUGACUAUCAAAAAGAAUGUCUCAAAAUCGUUGCGAGCAGUCUCCGUAAAUUUAACUGAGGCUGAUAAUCUAUUAAGUGGAAAAUUAUCACCUGUCUAUACAAUUAGAAUUCCACACCUUGGCACGUGGCAGGCAAGCGAAAGUGAAGGUUAAAUAAAAAAAAACAAUACCAAUAUCCAACGUUCUCGAAUCUUUGACAUUCAGAGUUUUAAGAGCGAGAACUUUUUUGUUCUCAUCGCGGCCUUUCAAAGCGACUAAAAAUAGUUUAAACUGAAACGGAAGUCCUUGACAUAAUCAUAAAAUUCAAUAUUCUCUAUAUGAUCUGAUAUGUGGGAAAGAGCAUAAGCCAGGUUUGAUCCCGAAUGAUAGCACGUACUCUGUGUGAAAUUAGUUCCCGAUAAAGACGAAAUAAAAAUGGCCGUGCGCAAGCUGGGCUAAGGUGGAAGUCUCGCCAUUUUUUUUUUUUUUUUUUUCUUUUUUUUUUUUUUUUUUUUCUCUGUCGAUUAAAAUGAAAAAUCGCUGUUGAAGAGGAAACGUCUUCAAAGAUCUCUCGAAUUAUUUUGAAUAUUAGCACAGUGUUUUCAGCGCAUAAACUAGGCCAACUUAUCUCGUAAGAGAUUUAUUUUUCUCAAUUAAAAAAUGCAUAAAAUAUACAUAAUAAAUAGGCUUUGAUAUCUUGAAAUGUCUUACUUGUAGACUUAGGAGAAUUUCCUCCUACAAAACUGUAUCUCCUGUUGUGUGCACUAUUCCCUCGCGGCGCCUUUCGAAAAUUAAACACAAUGGCCGUUUUUUCAGGGCCUUUUUACACGGAGGUGGGGGACCACAGGUAGGUGAGGUAACCCGCCUAGCCGUGGUCGAAAAACAAAACGCGUCUACAUACAAUCUUACAACCCCGUUGUGCUGAGGCUGUUGUUGCGCUUCCAAUUAGGGAGUUUGAGCAAAGGCAUCCCAUGCUCACGUCUCGAGAAAGACGAAAGAUUAAUUCCCGGAUACGUAUGUAUUUAUUCAUGAAAGUGUCACGCGUUGUGUUACGCGGUGUCAGGUUACGCGAGGAACCGUUAACUUGGUACGUUAUAAGGAAUAGUUUGAAAUAUGGUCGAUUUACAACGCUAAAUAUUUCGAAAUGUGAACAUUUUACACUCUUUGUGUGUCCGUUGCGGUUUCUGGUGAUUUCUGGCGUGAGACGGCUAAGAAAUGUACAAAGUUUUAAAGCAUACGUGUUUCACUUUCGAGUUUUUUGCCAUGAAAGCGUCCCCUGCUAGACGGGUCACCCCACCUUGGGACGUUUACAUGGCAAAUUGUCACCCCGGCUGACAGGGUUACUCAACCUGGCAGACCGGGCAACCCGCCCAGGCGGGUCACCCCACCUAUCAUGUAAACGUGAUCAAGAUAAAAUAAGAAAUUAUAUGAACAAGCGGGUUACCCCACCUAGGCGGGUUACCUCACCUACCUGGGGUCCCCACCUCCAUGUCAACAUCCCUUAAUGAUGCCAUCUAAAUAAUUAUGACGUCAUGAAAAUCAUGAAUACUAAUUAAGAAAUUAGUAGCUGAAUUAGUCAUAUUCAUUGUCGGGUCUUCCAUAGAUCGAAUGGUUUCGAAUGCGAGUAUCGCGAUGAAACUCGAUGGAUGAGAGCUACUCUCUUUUUGCGAGAAUUUAAGGACAAUUUCGUCGUUUUUUUCUACAAAAUGCGCUCAAGCGUUGCUCCGUUAAAUGAGGCGAAUGAAGUCAAAUGCGAUUUGUCACCGAUGGUGUCUACUGUAAAGAAAGGUUUGUAUGUCCCACUUAUUUUUUCAUCGAAGUAGCCUUGGGGUGAGUUUUGUGACAGAAAUAUGUAAUCUUGUAUACAACACUGAUUUUUAGAUGGUUUUCAAUACACCAGUGAAGUAAAUGUUCAAAACGAUAUCUUGAGAUUGCUGAAUGCUUGCGUCAGUAAUUGAUGAAACUGAAAGGUGGCUCAUUUUCUUGCGCAUUUUUUCGUGUUUUGAUUCGGCUGUUGAGCAUUUCAAACAAAGAGCAGAGGCCUUGAACGCGAGCAACACGAAUUGAUUCUUCGCUCCUUGAACACGCACGAGUUUCUCCCUCAAAUUUUAAAAUAUCCAUUUCCGAGAAAAGAGACUAGGGUCCAAACUUCGUAAAAAUAUGUAUUAAACUUGUUAAAUGAACCACAAGAUUUGGAUAAAAAAAAAAACCGAAACAUCGUAAAUUUCCAAGCAAAGGGGUGACGAAUUUACCCGAACGCAAGCUAAAAAACAUCUAACUAAAACUCCGCGAAAACGAACUAAAAGUACGCGAACAAUGUUCACGUCAGUUCUCCAAUGUCAAGGUUAGAUUUCUUUGGUUAACGUGAUUAACUAAUUUGUGAAAGCACGCGCUCCGCACGUGAAUACAAAAAGAUUACGAAGCGGGGAGAGGAAGUGAAAAUUGUCACUUGAAAGAGAUUUUCUACUUAGUGUAGCAUUAGUAGUAGAUGAAACUGAAAGGUCGCGCACUUUUCUGUUGUUUUUCGUGUUUUGGUUCGACUAUUGAGCAUUUUAAACAAAUAGCAAAGGACCUGAACGCAGGACACAUGAUUUGAUUCUUCGCUCCUUGAACAUGCGCAAGUUUUUCUCACUUACGUUACGAAACAAAAUCAGCCAUAAACUGGAAAAUUUCUCUGACGUUUCCUUCUCUUUCUAAAAUAAAAACAGUUUCAACACUCUCACAGAUUGUGAAGUGGCAUUACGCAAAUUUGGUAAAGUUCAAAACUCAACCGAACCACUAGCCGUAGGCUAGAAAUAUUUGAUUUGAUUCAAGAUUUAACUAAAAAAAUAGAGUCUUAAUUCCAAGGUCAGUUCAGCAUAUCAGUGAAGAACUUAAAAACAUUUCCAAACUUUUCCGGCUUACUUGGUAAAUUAGAUGUCUAACAACCACAGUGCAGAUAGUGUACCAUAACCCAUCGUCAAAUGUAAAAACGAUGGUACACGCAGUGGACCUUAAACGCUUAAAGAUGUCUGUGCAAUGAUUACGUGUUAUGGUUGACCAAGCUUGGAGGGGUUAAAAGCUUUGUUUACGUUCAAUUUAACGUUUUGUCGGAGGCUUUUUGUGUUAGGUUAGUAUGACCUUGGAAAAGCGGACAUUUCACUACGUCUUCUCUUGGUAAUCGGAGAGCCUUUGUAAUAACUUUCCCCGUGUAUUUGAUAAAUAAUGCUUUACCCCUCACUCCGAUUCCAUAGUCAGUAGUCCGUACUCAACUCAACAGGCGGUUUAUCAAUGAUAUGCAGAUUUUCAUUCAAAGCUAGUUCGUUCUGAAUUUUUUCCGUACUUAAUUUAUAAAGCACGGACAAAAACAUCUGACAGACGCCGCCCCCUGAAAAUGAUUAAGCGGCCGUUACCAUGAAACACUUUUAAUCUCGAGUACCAUUUAGACACUAGCUGUGAAGUUUAAAAAUAAUUCUUAACUGAGAUUAAAUUCAAAAUACUGAGGCUCCUUUCCUCUUAAAAACUGGCAAGUGUCAUUAAUUCGUCUCAGUUAGAUCAAGAAUUAACACAGUUCAAAGUAUUAAUUCUCACUGAUGCCAUUUUUGACAGUCCUUGGAUAUUGAUCUCUGUAAGGCCGAGGCCUAAGGAAAUCUGUCGAUUAUCGAUUAAAUGAGAAACUAGCAUUUCCAGAAUCACGUUGGAACUCACUUCGUGGGAUUUUUGGUGGAUUCUCGAUAACGAUUCCCGUAUAUAAGUUGUGAGAUGAUUGUUCGCUUUUAGGAACGUUUUUAAUGAUUGUAUGCGUGACAAAAAUAACGGUUGCGUCAUCACGCAGGUCACACGUGGAAAGCCCGCUCUUUGUUGAAAUGACCAAUCAAAAUUUUCCCCUUACUAUUGCUGUCAAUCAUCUUCUGUUUUCACAACUUGUUUCGCCCUUUCCAUGCAAAUUUAGAACAAUAUCUACUUCGGGGAAAAAAACAUCUAAGCCUUUGUUCCGCAACAACAAUCUGCCGAAUACUGUCAGGACAAACGAUUAUUUCGUGGAAUAAAUGCAAAGGAUUUUUGAAUCGGAUUAACAGGGCAAAGUUUUGUAGGACUGAUUAUACGAGGCGUUGGAGCGUUGUGGCAAAGACAAGCUAAGAAAUAGAUUUGCUUUUGACAAUGGAUUUCCUGUAAUCUCCCGAAGGCGUACUUUGUGAAAGAACCGGAAUCUUUCAUCGGGUAAAUAUUCUGGAUUUGAAAUUAUAACUUUUCCUUUCUAAAGAAACCCUCAGAUUAAGUUUAGCUGUGUGAAAAACAUAAGAUUUGCAAUUUUCGUGUCGACGAUUUUGCCUGUGUAAUUUUAAAUGGAAAAUUUUAAAAUGCCGGUUUCGUACUCUUUUCACCGAAUUGAAACAAAUUUUCGACCUAAAAACUUUAGUAUGCAUGUAAGGGAAGGUUUUCUGCCUAUAGGGGUAAGAAUAUAAUUCCAUACAGAUUUGCUUCGGUGGGAAAACAGCCAUAAUAAGUAUUAUAUAAUAGCAUACAUGUUUCUGAACAAGAAUAGAUUGUAAUGGAUUAAUUUUAGCAUUUCAAAUAGUGAACUUUGUACGUCGAUUUGCUUGAGUAAGCUUCCUUUAAAGAUCGAAAAACUUUCAUGAGCUUUUUUAGUUUAAGUUCUUUGAGCAAAUAUCUGAGUUGUUUUCAUCUAGUUUUGAUAUCAGUCAAAAAUAUUCAUUGGUAAGGUUUAUUUUUUAUCAGUCCAAUUUAUUCAUCUGUUCAGUUUAUAUUUAACUUACCGUGAAAGACAUGGAAUGAUCCAGCAACUUCACCGCAUAAUCCUUGUUCUUAAGAAAAUCGUUCUUUAUAAUAAAUAUAUAUAAUUUUUUUGUUUGAGCAUUGCGUGCAUGCAAAACUAAGUUCAAUUACCUUGGAAGCGCUUGUUGCAACUAAUUGCAUCUUAACACACCAACGAAAUAUCUUAUCGCUUGUGUGACAAACAAAUCAUGGGGUGUCUUCAUAGUUUCGCGUCAUAAUCGAAAAGCCGGUUUUUGAAGUUUUUUUCGGCGAUAUACUUUACAUGUAAAUGCCUGAUAAAAGACCUUGCAGGGUCAUGUAAAACCCGGCAGUUUUGUCUAUGGAGUUUUAUUUUGGUGAUUUAUUUUUCACAGGUACCCGUAAUUAAGCAUUUAAAGCAUCUAAACUUAAACUUCAAGAGUGGAUUUUCUGGCCUACUGAUGAUUUCUGGAAAUGUUCCUCUUAGCUUUUCAACUACUUUGAUACAAUUGUCACUCACAAAAAUUUACAAUGCGCCUCAGAACGGUGAUUUUUCAUUUUUACUUUUAUUUUUAUCUCUCUCACAGGCUCCGUGCUGGUAUCAGACAGGGGUUCCAAGAUGUACCCAACCGGCUCAAAAUCUGAGGACCGCAAGUCAUUUCUAGAUCCAGAAGAGAAUGAAUUAGUGGAAGUCGAUCUUGACGAUCCCUGGGUGAGAAGGGAAGAUUAUAAACCCAAGAAGUGUGCUCACGUUCAAGGUACGUGUGGUGAAAAAUUAAAAUUAAAACAAGAAAGAAACAAAAAUAUUAGUCAGAAGUUUUUUUUCGGUUGUCACGAAACGGAGCGUGACAAUUCGCGAGGAAAAAAACCCGAAAGACUUUGGAAGGAGACUGAGUGUUCGAUCGCUGUUUCUUUGUAAAAAAACCCUGCCAUUCUGAUUGAGUAGCAAGAUUGAGAAGACAUUUUUCAAGGGAAAUAGUCUGAUUCUCGUCAAGGAAUCACGUUCGUUGUUGCAAAAACCCUGUUGCUAAACUACCCAAUCUCUCCUGAAAAUUGCAGGCGCAGUCACCACUUCGAGAAAGUUAAAACUGUUAAUUAUUUACAGCUCCUGUUUAAAUGAAGUAAUUUGUUGCAGUGCCUUGUAAUCAAAAAAUUCGUCAUGGAGUUUUGGUUUUCAGUUUUAUAAUCAAUCUGGCUGAAUUAGUUGGUCAAGGGAAACGGCUCUCAAAGCACUCUGCCCACCAGAGUUGACAAAUUCUACGCCUAAGUUAACUCUAAGAAUUUUGUGAAUAAAACAUGCGUCAUAAUUCACCGUUGUUUUGGUGCAAAAAUAUACUCCAGCCCUCCAAUUAUUACUUAAGUCCAAUCAAAGGCUUUGAACUGCUCUCUCAAACAAACUUACGGCGCCACCUUGAAAUGUAAAAUGUGCAGAAAAUAUAAAUGACCUUUAAAAAAUUUGCUGAUUUGACUGACGUUAGUAAAUCUGACUAUAAAAUGUAGACUUAAAAUAGGUCACAAGCGAGUGUUGGACGAAGAAAAAUGUCUCUCUUGAGUGUUUACUUCAAUUGAGCUACAAUGUUUUUGUUGGUGGGCCUACUACAACCCUACAACUUCCAUGAGUGAUCAGGGCAGAAUUUCUCCUCACUAUAUCAAUACAAUAUCAAGAUGACAAAUGAUGAAAAUAACGAAAAAUGUUUAUGAGGAGAUUAUUAGUUGAUCCAAUACUAAAUUCUCUGAAGUGACAUCAUAACAAUUAUAUGGCAGAAAGUAAGGAGAAUUGGAAAGGGUCUACUUUUCUCACGUACCGCAAAGGUGCGCGUCAACCGAAUCAGAUGCAUAUGAAUACUUUUAAUUCUCUCUCUCUUUUACUCUCUGCAGAUCUUCAGCGAUACUCACCUGAACGUGCUGAAGACUCCCUUUCAUCCGAUACAGUGCUGCUUACAGACGAUAAAGGAUCUUACCUUACAGAUGAUCCCCCAGUAGAGGUUAAAAGCUACAAAAGACGUUUUUAUAUCCUGUUGUUAUUCUCUGUGAUAGGUUUUAGCCAGUACUGCGCGUGGAACACGUAUGGGCCAAUCGCUACUACCGCUAAAAUGGUUUUCAAUUGGACGAACACAGAAAUCGCCUUCUUGGCCAGCAUGGAUCCUAUCACCUAUUUAUGUUCAAUGUUUUUUUUCUCCUGGUUGAUGGAUGAGAAAGGUAAUUCUUCACCGAUGAUAUAGGGUUUGGAUGUUUUAGGGAGAAAUAAAAUGCCAAUCGUAUCUGGAAUUUAAGGGGUUAAAGUUGUCACGCAGCGCUUAUUUUGGAAAGAUGGCCUAGCGUGACAUCUCAAAGGAUGAUCCUCGUAUGCGAACUGCAAACAAAAUUAUCAUAGUAAAUUCUAUGAUUAUGCGGGGUUUGAACUUGUGCCUGGCAGCUUCUAAAUGCACACGUUGGAAGCAAGGGCAGAUAGACGUUAAUGCACUCUUUGUAACCUAUGAAUGUUAUGAGGGGCAAGCCAAAGCGAUUUCAUAUUGAUUUCAGAGUGGGGAGGGUCACCUGCACACCUGGAUUCCUCCCUUUCCGUCUGCCCUUGGUUUCUUACUCUUGAAAAUAUUGCUUCAACUGAGAGGUUGGCUGAGCCAAUGUGAUAGGAAAACAGGAGAGUCGAUAGGAUACAUGUAUUGCCAAUUGUGAAUAUCAUAAUAUGAUUUAACUUCAUGAUUCUUACUCUUGGAAGUUUUUUCUUUCUAUUAGGGAUUUUUUGUUGGGUCCUUUAACCGAAACACUUGUUAAACGGUUCGACUAAGCUCGCGUCUUUGUCAAACUUGAAAAAAAUUUGGAGUCUUUGGGAAUGUACCUAAUCAUCUUAACAUCUGGGUGCUCAAUGAGCAGUUAACGCUAUCCAGCAGAUACGUGUUAACAAAACUUACUGCACUAUCUACCGGAUAAAGAUUUAUCCAGCGCAAAGCGUUAUCUGAUUGAUGUCAACAGCCACUGUUCCUUUUGAUUGAUAGGACUAAGACGGAGUGUUCUUAUUUCUUGUGCGUUUAUGUUCGUUGGAACAGCAUUAAGAUGUGUGACGUCAGAUCCGUCAUACGCUAUCUGGUAAGGUUUUUGACGGCAAUAUUCAUGCUCUCUCUUUUCACAGCUUAAGGAAAAGAAGAUGGUCUCCUUUAGUUUGGGAGUCGUGACCUAAAUAAUUUGUCACAAAAACGAAACUCGUGGAAUUUUGCUCUUUUUUCAUCCAGGAUGAUAAUAUUGUCAAUAAUUCUUCAAAAAUAGUUCGUCACUAAACUUAAGUUACAAACAACCGGUAUGCUGGAAACCUUUCGAUGGGGAUAUAAUUUUCUCCGAUAUCCGCAUCUUCAAUAAGGAGUAAGCAACGAGCUGACAGUUAACCCUUUACACCUCAAUUUUUCCAUGACCCUAAUGGUUAACAUGGUAAACCGCUGAUCUGAAGGCUCGACUCGAACUUACUUCGAACCUUUUCCAGAUCAGCGAGUCAUUCUUGGGCAAAACAAUGUGAUUCUCAUAAGGCAUUCCCCUUACCUUGGACGCUCGAAACAUCAUUUUUCACCCGCGGAUACGCGAAGCACAGUUAGGAGUAAGGUGGGGAUUCAAUAUGCGGAUCAAUAUCAGCAUCUGGGCAACUGCCCACCUACCCCUCCCCUAACCCAACAACAGUCAAUUGAUGACAAGUUAGGGUUGGGUUAGGGGAGGGGUAGGUGGGCAGCUACCCAGAUACUGAUAUUGAUCCCAAUAUGCAAUUUGCGUGGCGUUAGCACAGCCUUUGGAGAGGGUCUGGGGAGAGAAUGCAUUUAAAGAUGGCGGACCGGAUGUUGACUUGAGGGGAAUGGCUCAAGAUGACGGCUCAAUUUUGUUUCUUGGAAUCACAAAUCACUGGCUUGCGGCGCAAAUACAGAUUAUUGUAAUUAUAUUCUGCAUAUUAUAUCCACGAGUUCACCAUAGUGCCACUUCGAUUCAAAUAACUUCUUUUUUAUUACUAUUAUGCUAAGGUCCAUGGGCGCCGGUCAACUGUUGAAUGGUUUGGCGGGUCCUGUCACUCAAGCUGGGCCCACGCUCCUGUCAUCAACUUGGUUCCCAUCUGAGCAGCGGACUACUUCAACAGCGGUUGCGGCGUUGUGUGGGUCGCUAGGUGUUGCCAUAUCUUUUGUGAUAGGCCCAUUAGUUGUCACAGAUGUUAAAUAUGAGUUGGAUAGGUUAAUACCGGAUAGAGGCAACGUGUCGAAAAAUCUCAGGUAAUUAAAAAAGAUAUUUGUAAAAGAAUAAAAAAAAUUAGUUUUUUAAAUGUAAGUGUCAACAACUGAGUUGGAAACGUAAAUUGUCCACCGUAAAGAGUUUAAAGGCUGACGUUUCGAGCGUUAGCCCUUCGUCUAUCGCUUGCAACGUCAACCUUUAAACUCUUUACGGUGGCCAAAUUACGUUUUCAACUCAGUUCUUAACACUAAAUUACCUGUUAUACUAUCCCAGCGACGCAGUACCACAGUCUCUUUAGAAACUUACCCCCUUUAAUUUUUUAAAGCUUUCUUUGCAAGCCUAUAUUGCGUAUAGACUGAUAGAGAUAGCUUAGGCUUGGGCUACCAAGAUUUUUUUAUGUUUCGUAGGCAUUUGUCCAUUUGGUUUGUGCAUCGAGUACCUAAAGGAGAGCUCGGAAUUAAACUAAAAAUUCUCCCUACAUACCUCUAUUCACUCGCUUUUGAUAAAUAAAAUUUCGUCUCUAAAUUUCGUAGCUCUAGAGCCAAGCUUUAUGUUUAAAAUUUAUUAAGAAGUAUUCUUUUGUGUUUAAACAGACUUUAAUAUCCUUUUUGUUGGUUUGAUUUUUAUAGUGAUACUUUAGAUUUGUACCUCAAUGGAAACACUUUAUAUUCAGGUAAGAAACGAAACUGCUCAACGGCAAGACAGGAUAGUUGUUAUCAACAAAACAUGAAUCGGUUUUUUGCAAAGUUUUAAAAACUUUGUGUGAGCUACCUUGAUUUUCAAGUUUAAAGUUAACAAUCAGAAGAUUUAAAGUAAAGAGAAAUUAGAUGCUUGUAAUUCUCGGGGUUUUAAGAGUCGAGAGUCAUCCUAUGUAAACCAUUCGACUUCAUCGCCUGAAAGCCGGGAACUUGCCCUAAGUAGUCGGAACGUCGCGAUCCUAAUUGGAAGUCAUUACAUCGAGUGACAAACGAUAAAGCCUAUUUACUCAAAGACAAUAACUCUUUUUUUCAUCCUUCUCAGUGGUAGCCCGAAGGAGCAUUCUUUGAAUUAACUUUUUUUUUAUUUUGUUGGCUUUUAGAAUCUAUAUACCGAGAUGCUAUGUACUAUUGGCCUUUGGACAAUCUGAACAUCAGCAUUCAAAAUGUCCAGUCCAUCAGAAAAGACAGGAAGGAAAAUAGCACCAAUUUACGAAAUCCUGACGAUUAUAGGAGAGUUACAAUCAACAAAGGACUCAGGGAAUUUAAAACGAACAAGGAGGGACUUUUAUUCAAUGAAUGCACCACUGAACAAGGUGUCGUCAAUCAGAGUUUAAUGACUGACGGUAAAAGCGCUUGGGUAAAUCUUGGCCCUUUUAUAAACACUUGUGUGAGUGACCCGUCCCUGUGCCCGAAUGGUUUUACCGUUGCGCUGUGGAUGAAAUAUGAAAUCUUGGACGCUAACGGUCUGCAGUAUUUCAUGGGGACCAGCGGAAACAGAGAUGGUCUUAAAGGAUUUUUAAUUUAUCAAGAUUUUCCUUACGACAAGGAAGACCACUUGGCCAUUAAAGUAGAAAACGGCACGGUGCUAUGGAAACGAAGCUUCUCCGUGCCACGUAGCAAUUGGACGCACGUGACGUUCACGUGGGACGAGCGUGAAGGACUUGUGAUUUACUCGAAUGGUUCUUAUGUGGGUGGGGACCCAAAGGGGAAAACCACCAAACUCGAGAGGAGUUAUUUCACGAUGUUCACUCUCGGAAGACCAAAUAAUGUCUAUGCUUUUUCAAAAGCUGCGUAUGACGAGUUAGCAGUGUGGGAAAGAAAGCUUCAUCCCAGGGAAAUUGAAGCUAUUUAUCAACGAACUGCAGGCAUCGGGAUAACUCCCGAUUUAGAAGAAGGUGUGUUUCGACUCUUAUCAGUAGUUUUGACUCCAAGGGUCAAAUUUGUCACUCUCCCCUCCAGCUCAGAUACAUGACCCUGUAAAAUCAUUAGGAGAGUUUUUUUGUUACAUCAAUAUGAUAACCUUCAUCUGUCCAGUCUGUUAAGCUCCACGACCUGUUUUCUCGAUUUAGUAUUGGCAUUGCACACGGUUACUUGUCAAUCAGUUUCGGAAGUUUGAGAGGUUUGUGAACCACGCAAAUUCGCUGAUGCCUGUCAAAGUUUGCCUUUGUUUCCAGAAGUUAGCAUUGCAUAUUACUGUGGUGCAUAGCAAGGAAUUGUCUUGCAUAGCAAGGAAUUUUAAGCGACCACGACUCGUGUUUUCGGCGCUAGUGCUGGACGGUGUCCUCGUCCAUCUAAAACGUUUUAGUGCUGAUCUCCUGUUAGUGGAAACCUCUUCCGCGUUGUUAUCACAAAAUGUAUUUUGUCAGAUAUGAACUGUAAUGUUCUUGAUAUCUGACAGAAACAAAGGAAAAACCGGCAUUAGUUAUAAAAUUUGUUUCAAUCACGUAUUUCUUUUCUACUACUUUUACCAUUAUUACAGUUGUUGUAAUCAUCGUCAUCAUUACUUUUAUUUUGAACACUUCUGUUACAUGUUUGUUUCAUUCCUUUGUUCUCCCUUGUUUCAGCUAAACAGCGACUACUCAAGGACGGAAAAAAAGAAAUCAUGACGUUACUAUAUGUUGGUGAGUUAGCUUCAGUUUACAAAAUCAGCAUUGAUUAUUUUUUAUCAAGCCUGCUUGUACAUUUGCUAAUUUAAUCAUUUUUUUUUCUUUUUACAGAGUGUGGCGUAGUUAUGUUUCUUUUCCUGUUAGUCUGUAUGUACUUCCCAAACAAACCUCCUCUACCGCCAAGUAAAUCAGCGAGAAGAAAACGAGAGGACUUCUUUGCUGGCGCCAAACAGAUAUUUAAGUAAGAUACCACCUUUUCCUUACUGACCCGGUUCUUAACCCUUCGACUCCCAAGAGUGAUAAUCAUCUAAUUUCUUCCAAAAGUAUCACCCGUGAAUCGCACCUUAAAAUCACAAGAAUAAAGGAAUUGAUCGCCCACAACGGGGCUCGUGAUUCGUAGACAAAUUCUCCUUGGCAGCACCUCAGAGAACAGUAUUGAGAAUUUACAUACUGAUGUUAAGGGUUAAACCCUACACUGCGCUCUGUUUUCGUAUUUAUCCUUUUCCACUUGCAAUCCGCUCAUUUUUUAUGUGCCCCUCUUCGUGCAAGCGUGAAGCCCCUCGUAGUCUCGCAAGUUUGCAUGUGCUUCUUUCACUUAACUGGCCUGAAAAUUCUAUAUUUCGCAAUUUACAUUUAGCCUUGUCGAGAAUUGUUCGUCUAAGAGUUGAUCUUUUACUCGAGCACUGACUUUACGUCGAAGGAAAAGGCUAAUUAUUUGUUUAUAACACAGGAACAAGCAGUUCUGGACUCUUGCAUUGGUUUACGGAGUCACAACUGGUAAGUACAAACCCUAAGACUCAUGGAAUCCUGUGUCAUACUUAAAUAGCAUAUGAAAUAGUUGCUUGGUCAACAAGCAAGGUCUUCAUACUGUUCUAGGAGAGAACAGUAUGAAGAGUAGGUAAUAUUUUACCAAGCUUGUCACUAAAAUGGCGCGACAAGAAAACCUGCGCUCAGCUCUAAACUAACGCCACUAAUAUAAAGGGUACUGGUUACACGUUUUUGUUACUCCAUGCUGACCUAAACUAGUGAAAUGUGAAUGUCUUUCAAGUUUUAUUUUAUUUGAAAGAUGAGUAACUGGCGAUUUUCUCCAAUUCUGAAUUUUACGCCACCAAUGAUCAAUAUUUGAUUUAGUGAGCUGUCUUUGCUCUCAUAUGCAGGUGUGUACAGUGGUUGGGGUGCCUCCCUAGCAGUUAAUCUAGAGACCUUUUCCAUCGGACAGGUGAGUUCAUGUCGGUCAAACGAUUUCCUGGAAGACAGAACGUUUUGUGAGUCCAUCUUCUAAUCUCCGUAGCCGGUAGUUUGUGUGCGCUUUGCUGCGGAGCUGUGGAAACGAGUGGCGAAGCCGGGAGAGGUUUAGGACUUUAAGAAAAAUAAACUCCUACUCGCUGUUUUGCCUCUAUCACAAAACUGAUAGCUUAGUUUUAGGGUAGUCUUAGGCUAUCAAUCUACCCAUCUUUAGCAUGGUUAAUUGUUUCCGAGCUAGCAAUAGAAUGAUACCGAUUGGCGUUUAUAUUAUUAAUUAAUAAUUCCAGUCAAGGACUCACACGGCAAACCCAGAGGUCUACACCGCCGGCGCCCACCCAGUUUCCUUUGCGUGAGGUGCGAAGGGGCGUUACUGCCCCCCUAAGGGGGAAUCCCAUUCCAUAGCUGGUAUCCAUAGAUUUUUUAGUGGAGAGAGGCACAGAAAGAGAAAAGUAUGCCCAAUGACCUUGGCGAACGCGAAGUUCUUGAUCAGCACGCCACACAUCACGCCAGUGUGUCUUUCUCAUUCGAUUUACGAUUUUCUUAUUUUAUUUCAGCACGAGGCGGGUUGGAUCGGUUUUUACGCCACAUUAGCUGGUAUCGGAGCAGGUUUAAUCCUGGCAAGGUGCGCAGAUCUGUUUGGCGGCAAAAUGAAACUCCUUCUGCUCGUUCUGUUCUUCGGAGCCGCAGGUUGUUUCUUGUGGUUCUCGCUUCUUUGUCUGAGGAUGAUAGCAUAUGAUGACGGUAAGAACGAAAACCUUAGAAGCAUUGUCUGUAAAAAAUGCAAAUGUAAUUAUUUGGAAUGAAGACUUUAAUUUAGUUUUCACAAGGAAAAUGGUACAGUUGUAGUGCCUUGUCACUUCAUCCUCUGUGACAAAUGUUGUAACAGUUUUGUCUUUACUUUGUAACCGACAAGUAUUAACUGAACAUCGAUAGCGGAUCACUUAUAGAAAUUGUUUAAAAAGAAUACUCAUCACAAGUCUGGUACUUUUGAUAUUUCAGCUGCCUUGUACAAAUCCAGUAUUUUAGGAGGAUUUUUCGUCAGUGGUACUAUUCCUCUGUUCUAUGAGCUGACGGUAGAGUCCACUUACCCAGUAGCGGAAGGAGUCACCACAGGAGCUUUGACUAUCAUUAAUAACACUUUUACUGUUAUCUUCCUGCUCGUCUUGAUGGUGCCUAAAGUCGGUAAGUAAAAGUAAUUGAGGAAAAUUUGUCUGGUAUUAAAUUGAUCUUCACAAGUUAACUAUAUUUUAAAUAAUUGCAGAAGAGAAAAUCGCUAAAAAAAAUCAGGCUUCGAGGGGAAUUGAACACGUUCCCGCUGAAUACCAGCUGGGCGUUACUACCAACUGAAUUACAAAGCAACAUGUUGGGAGCGAGGAAAUAGCUACGCUAUUUACCACGUUUUCUGCCAGUGUCUUAAUUUUUUCCUCACAAUCUUACCCGUACUGUUUUGUCCCCUUUGUGAUUGAUACGGAACCCGUUUAUUGCGAUUUUCUUGGGUUUAUUACUAAUUCAGCGACACACAUGGAAAUAUUCUGUAAACAUUCUGACUUGGUCAAUCGCUUGUCUUCCAUCUUCAGGAACCGAAUGGAUGAACUGGUGCAUGUUUGGAGCAUGUGCGGGCUGUAUUCCAAUACUGCUGGGCUUCCAAGAAAACUACCGAAGGCUCAACCUAGACAAAGACGAAAAACCCUCAAAAGAACCCAAGAAAAGGAGAGAAGACAAGAAAUUGAAGAGACCAUCAUCUUCUUUCGGUUCAAUUAUCUCAUUUAAACAUCAUAAUGUCGACGAACUAGUUAAGAAACUAGAAAAUACCAGAGAAUCCAACAUAUGAUUUGUAUUUAUAUCUUUAAAAUGUGAUUAUAUUUAUUGACAUAAUGAGGAGCCAGUGAUCCAACUCUGGUUUGUUCCAUUCUAAUUUGAAAUAGGUGAGUGAUUCAUUGCAGAGAUAUGACUUGCGUUUAAAGAUGCAAAUAGGGUAACUUAGACGCCUUUGCAUCAAUGACCCGCGUACAAGACAACAACAAAAACAACAACAACAGUUCAUAGCAAGCAGGUUGAAAUAUGGCAGAGUUCAUCCAUAAACGAUAACACGAGAUAGUCGUGAUAGAUAAAGCAAGCUUUUUUCUUUUUCAAACCCGAGUGAACACAAUACCAACCAAAAUGCAAAGUUAUCAGUAUGAUUGGGCAGGGUUACUCACGAGGCUUAGUCACGGGACGUUCGGCAAGGUGCAUACACACGGAAUGAUAUCCUAAAAAGAAAAACUUAAGUCCUCUACAAUUUUUUUUCUUUUUUUGUAAGUAACCAUAUAGGACUUCCGUCGCGCUUACUCCCAACUCUCGUUACCGUCCGCUAUACAGUUCUUAUGAUGUUAGUUGGAGAAUUUGGUAUUGGAUCAACUUAAACUUCCUAAUUGAUAUUUUGCUUUAUUCUCAGCACUUACCCGCUUAAUAUUGUAUUAAUAUUGUAAGGAGAAAUUCUGUCUUGGUCACUCAUGGGAGUUAAAGGGUUAAGAGAUUGUAAGUUUCUGGGAACCGGAUUUCAAUUUAAAUUGUGGGUGUCUACUGCAGUGUCUUACAUCUAACCAUGGUCCAUGGUAAAGCGGUAAAUUACAAUAGUAAUUCUUAAUAUUUGCCAUUUGUCAAAAAAAAAAAUUUUUUAUCUGAAAUAUCGCUGGCGAACAGUUUCUAAAUGUACUAAAUACAUCAAUAAAUUAAUAAAAGUUUUAUUAAAUGGGGACAAAAAAAACUCAAAACAAUCGCUUAAAAAUUAUCUUUAAACAAAGGACUUUGUACGAAAAAAGAUUUAAUAAAAAAAUGGCCCAGAGUUGUUUCUGUCGCUUUCUUUCGUUGCCAGUAAUUUUGUACACCGCUGAAAGAACAGAUGUGCGAUGUAACGGCACUGGUAGAAGAAUGUGUGUGUUAUUCCUUUCGGAAGUACAAAACAAUUCCAUUUAUUUGACUCACAUUCCUUCGAUUCCUGGUAAUAAAAUUAAACCUCCUCGCUACCAACCUGCGACUAGGCGAUACUUACUCGCUACGUGCAUCCUUUGCCUUGCCCAGUCCUUCCUUACCAUCUCCAGUGAAAUAGUAGUCCAGCAGUGUAUAAUCAGCAGAGAAACUCACCGUGAAUCGACGCAAGGUCCCAGCAUGCAUUGCACCCCCAAAAUGAGCAAACUCCUAUAAGCAAUAGUAUAGAAGUCCUCUUUUGAUUGCAAAGAUCUUAAGUUGACUCUUCCUAACUACUCGCUAGUAAUUUAGUACUUAAGAAUACUACCUGGGAUCGAUUCAGUAUUUCUCUGAUGAAGUUUUCUCUCACCUCUUAUAACUAACAGAUCAACAAUAAAUUUAAGAGGAGUUUCAUUUCCUGACAACUCGACCGAACUUUCUAUUUACACGCCACAGUGGUUUCUAAGCAAAGUAUUACGAACAUAGCACAUUUAGAAUGGAACGACUAAUUACAAAAUUGGAAAUAACAUAGGAAAUACUAAUAACAUAAGAAAGGGCGAUUUACCUGACGAUUUUAGAAUACGACAUGAGAACUUUACCUGCGAUUGCAUUUCAACUUGAGCUCACACCUUGUAUUUGCAUGAUCCGCGCGAAAGUCAAACUUGUGUGGAUAGCCGCGCGGACUGGGGCUAAGAGGGAGAUCGGUUUCUACAUCUAUCUUCUCUUCCUGUUAAUAUUAAUCUCGAUAAUAAAUAAAUAAGUAAUAAACGGGAUGCAGCAGUGGACACUCCACGGGGUGGCUCUUCUUGUCUGCUGUUUCUAACUCGAAUUGGAAUUUAGAAUGUUGGUCUUUGUAGAGGAAGGAAAAGCGAAGGACCUGGGGAAAAACCCUCGAACCAACAACAAACUCAAUCCAUCUGGUCCAGAAAUCGAACUCAGGCCACGAUGGUAGGGGGCGAGCUUUAUCACCACUGUGCCAUUCCUGAUCCCAUAAAUUAGGAUUAAGAGAGGAAGUGCGAAAACACAUCAUCGUCCUAAAUAUCUCUCACCAACUAUUUGAAAAAGCCUAAAAUCCUCACUUUUCGAAGAUGUGCUGACCACUAUGUCUUUUUUAUUCAGACUACGUCGUGAAGUACCGCGCUUAAAAUAUACCUUAGUAAUCUCUACCAUCGGGAAAGGACAGGGGCUUUAAACCCCACCCAGGGAGGAAUCCUUUCCUCUAACAAGCACGACUUUGUUGGCGGUCAGCAUUUCUGUACUGUUCAAAAUCAGAAAACAAAACAAGUUUUGUGUUUGGUGACAGAUAACCUGGAAUGUUUUUACGGAGCUUCGGCAUGAUUAAAAUUAAACUUGAAUCAGAUGUUUUCAUUAGAUAUCUACAUCCUGAAAGAUAUGAAGCGUUCCGCACUUCAGGUGUCACUUGAAGUGCAUCUGUUGUUUUGAAUGCCCCCUUGCAGAUCUGCCCAGACUUUCGUCGUUUACUGGGUUUUCUCGCUUCAUUUGUAAGUUCUAAGUCUUCAGUUGUAAAUUGCAACACAGCAAGUACAUUUAAGAGUAGAACUAACAGUUUCUACGAAUUUUAAUCUCAGCGCAAUUGGCCUUGUUGAGAGAAUGAUGAAUUCCGCGAGCAUUUCGAUGAAAACCCGAGGUUUCAGUUUUAAGUGGCUUGUCAUCGCUGCCGUUUUGCUCCUUAGUACUUGGUGCAGUCGAUGUACAUUGGGGGCACCACUUCCGUUGGCUGACUCGAGUAAACCCCCCAAAGAAGUCGUUGAUUCAGUCACAUACGAAACAGCUCUGGUAAGAUAAUAUUAGGAUAUUUUUAAGAAACCACAACGGCGACGCCAACGAGGACGUGGUAAAACAAAAGAUUUAAAGGGGAGAACAAUAGCUCAGCACGUGCGUUUUAAAACUUUUUACAUUUCUUAGCCGUCCUUUGCAAAACAGCAAUGUGAAAUCGUCAAAAUUUGCGUAGUCUGGGGACAGAAGGGCAGACGGCAGAUUAUUUAAUUUUCCAUUUGGAACCCUAAGCUGUUCAGAUACGUUUACUGAAGUUGAGGUGUGGCGCCGUUACAGACAGUAACCUCAUCCAGCCAUUCGCGAAAUUCAUUUUUAAAUAGACGUCUUCCUCGGCGUUUUCGUUCUGAUUGCCUAGGGUCUCAUAUGUUGUGAAGUUCACUCCAGUUUAUUUAGCGUUAUUUAAAAGACUAAAUUUUUGAGCCGUUAGCAGUUCGAAAAGGAAAACUUAAAACGUUACAUCAGACAGCUAUGAGGAUCUAGAAGUCGUUUGUAGUCUUACAGAAAAAUCUCUUUCUUGAGAUUCUGAUUUAUUCUCAGAACCCAUAAAAGCAACAGACUAUUUUAAAUGGAAUCGAAGCACGCGCACUGCAAUUAAAAACAGAUCGGACUAAAAUCGUUAUCUCUUUCUCAGAUCAACUCCAAGAAAUUUAUCCUCUGAUAUCUUUGGCCCAUAUGGUCGGUUGUGCUUUGCUAGUUCACUAACUACAGAGAUGUUUCAGUAAAGUUUUGUGCAAUUGUUGUGUAGUGCAAUCCCAAGAUAUUUGGCUCUUAAACAUAGCUGAGGCGUGCUUUGAGGUUUGUAAAUUAGAAAACAUUUAUAGUUUUGAUUGCACGCGUUGAUUAAAUUACUUGGCCGAAACUUAUACUCCUGAUAAGAGACUCUAAAAAAGCUGUCUUAAGAUAGUUUAUCGCGCAUUAUCUGCUAAAUUAAGAGCAAAUUACCGAUGAAGCCUCAAAGAAUUUAAAAACUGUUGAACGAAAUAGAAACUACCCGAGAUCUGAUCGUUAAUGGAUUCCUUUUGAGAUCAUUGAAAAAAGGUCUAGGGCACGAUGUUUCACUCUCGAUGAAGUACACUUUGCACUUAGACCAGGUAAAUUCAACAGCGGUCCUCGCCUACAAAAUAUUUAUGUUAGAUACUAACUGCAGAUAAAUAUGAGAAAAAAAAACUUCAUUAAAAGGUGCGAAAAUCAAAUUUAGACUUUUUCGACGCAAAUUAAACAACUCUUUUGAGAGGUCAACAUGAUAACACUGCACCGCCACAUUUCAACUGGGAAACUGUUUCCCAUUGAAACCACACCAAAACCUUGAUUUCGUAUGUCUACUACCUGGUAAAUGUUCUGUAACAUUCUCAUUCUCAGACAGUUUUCUACAAAGUAUUUAGGUUAGAUACUAACUGCAGAUAAAUUUGAGAAAAAGGGUAGUCUUAGGCUAUCAAUCUACCCAUCUUUAGCAUGGUUAAUUGUUUCCGAGCUAGCGAAUAGAAUGAUACCGAUUAGCGUUUAUAUUAUUGAUAAACAAGUCCAGUCAAGGACUCACACGGCAAACCCAGAGGUCUACACCGCCGGCGCCCACCCAGUUUCCUUUGCGUGAGGUGCGAAGGGGCGUUACUGCCCCCCUAAGGGGGAAUCCCAUUCCAUAGCUGGUAUCCAUAGAUUUUUUUAGUGGAGAGAGGCACAGAAAGAGAAAAGUAUGCCCAAUGACCUUGGCGAACGCGAAGUUCUUGAUCAGCACGCCACACAUCACGCCAGUGUGUCUUUCUCAUUCGAUUUACGAUUUUCUUAUUUUCUUUCAGCACGAGGCGGGUUGGAUCGGUUUUUACGCCACAUUAGCUGGUAUUGGAGCAGGUUUAAUCCUGGCGAGAUGCGCAGAUCUGUUUGGCGGCAAAAUGAAACUCCUUCUGCUCGUUCUGUUCUUCGGAGCCGCAGGUUGUUUCUUAUGGUUCUCGCUUCUUUGUCUGAGGAUGAUAGCAUAUGAUGACGGUAAGAAAGAAAACCUUAAAAGCUUUGUCUGUAAAAGAAUGCAAAUGUAAUUAUUUGGAAUGAAGACCUUAAUUUAGUUGUCACAAAGACAAUAGUACAGCUGUAGUGCCUUGUUACUUCAUCCUCUGUGACAAAUGUUGUAACAGUUUUGUCUUUACUUUUUAACCGACGAGUAUUAACUGAACAUCGAUAGCGGAUCGCUUAUAGAAAUUUUUUAAAAAGAAUACUCAUUAAAAAGAAUACUCAUCACAAGUCUGGUACUUUUGAUAUUUCAGCUGCCCUAUACAAAUCCAGUAUUUUAGGAGGAUUUUUCGUCAGUGGUACUAUUCCUCUGUUCUAUGAGCUGACGGUAGAGUCCACUUACCCAGUAGCGGAAGGAGUCACCACAGGAGCUUUGACUAUCAUUAAUAACACUUUUACUGUUAUCUUCCUGCUCGUCUUGAUGGUGCCUAAAGUCGGUAAGUAAAAGUAAAUUGAGGAAAAUUUGUCUGGUAUUAAAUUGAUCUUCACAAGUUAACUAUAUUUUAAGUUAUUGCAGAAGAGAAAAUCGCUAAAAAAAAUCAGGCUUCGAGGGGAAUUGAACACGUUCCUGCUGAAUACCAGCUAGGCGUUACUACCAACUGAAUUACAAAGCAACAUUUUGGGAGCGAGGAAAUAGCUACGCUAUUUACCACGUUUUCUGCCAGUGUCUUAAUUUUUUCCUCACAAUCCUACCCGUACUGUUUUGUCCCCUUUGUGAUUAAUACGGAACCCGUUUAUUGCGAUUUUCUUGGGUUUAUUACUAAUUCAGCGACACACAUGGAAAUAUUCUGUAAACAUUCUGACUUGGUCAAUCGCUUGUCUUCCAUCUUCAGGAACCGAAUGGAUGAACUGGUGCAUGUUUGGAGCAUGUGCGGGCUGUAUUCCAAUACUGCUGGGCUUCCAAGAAAACUACCGAAGGCUCAACCUAGACAAAGACGAAAAACCCUCAAAAGAACCCAAGAAAAGGAGAGAAGACAAGAAAUUGAAGAGACCAUCAUCUUCUUUCGGUUCAAUUAUCUCAUUUAAACAUCAUAAUGUCGACGAACUAGUUAAGAAACUAGAAAAUACCAGAGAAUCCAACAUAUGAUUUGUAUUUAUAUCUUUAAAAUGUGAUUAUAUUUAUUGACAUAAUGAGGAGCCAGUGAUCCAACUCUGGUUUGUUCCAUUCUAAUUUGAAAUAGGUGAGUGAUUCAUUGCAGAGAUAUGACUUGCGUUUAAAGAUGCAAAUAGGGAAACUUAGACGCCUUCGCAUUAAUGACCCGCGUACAAGACAACAACAAAAACAACAACAACAGUUCAUAGCAAGCAGGUUGAAAUAUGGCAGAGUUCAUCCAUAAACGAUAACACGAGAUAGUCGUGAUAGAUAAAGCAAGCUUUUUUCUUUUUCAAACCCGAGUGAACACAAUACUAACCAAAAUGCAAAGUUAUCAGUAUGAUUGGGCAGGGUUACUCACUAGGCUUAGUCACGGGACGUUCGGCAAGGUGCAUACACACGGAAUGAUAUCCUAAAAAGAAAAACUUAAUUCCUCUCCAAUUUUUUUUCUUUUUUUGUAAGUAACCAUAUAGGACUUCCGUCGUGCUUACUCCCAACUCUCCUUACCGUCCGCUAUACAGUUCUAAUGAUGUUAGUUGGAGAAUUUGGUAUUGGAUCAACUUAAACUUCCUAAUUGAUAUUUUACUUUAUUCUCAGCACUUACCCGCUUAAUAUUGUAUUAAUAUUGUAAGGAGAAAUUCUGUCUUGGUCACCCAUGGGAGUUAAAGGGUUAAGAGAUUGUAAGUUUCUGGGAACCGGAUUUCAAUUUAAAUUGUGGGUGUCUACUGCAGUGUCUUACAUCUAACCAUGGUCCUCCGUUUUAGGAGCUUGACUGAUUAAAUAAUAAUAACGACCGCCAUAGGAAAAAAGACUAUUUAACAUGUAUUAAGAUGACGCCAUUAAGGGAGAACUGAUGCAUGUUCAGAGCAUGCGCGGGUUGCUUCAGCUGUCUUUUUCAUUGAGGGCCUAACAUUGAUUCAAUGGUUUUGACUGAGGUAGAUUAAAGUGGUGGUAAAGCGGUAAAUUACAAAAGUAAUUCUUAAUAUUUGUCAUUUGUCAAGAAAAAAUAUUUUUUAUCUGAAAUAUUGCUGGCGAACAGUUUCUAAAUGUACUAAAUACAUCAAUAAAUUAAUAAAAGUUUUAUUAAAUGGGGAC